AUGUUUGCUUUAAAGAACUCUGCCUCGAAGAAUGUCAGAAGUCUGUCUCUCAAUGCUGUUAGAGGCUUCCAUAUGACGCCUUCAGCCAUGACCGUCAAAGAGAUUACCAGCGCCACUCAGUUUCAGAAUGAGGUGUUAAAGGACAAGUCAUCUUUUGUCGACUUCUACGCCACUUGGUGUGGUCCUUGUAAGGCCAUGAGUCCUUUCAUUGAGAAGUUCUCUGACACAUACAAAGACGUGAAUUUUUAUAAGGUGGAUGUCGAUAAGUUCUCAGACCUUUCUGUUGAGUACGGUGUCUCGGCCAUGCCGACAUUCAUGUUCUUUAAAGAUGGUGAAGUUGUUUCGGAUUCUGUGGGUGCCAAUCCGCAUGCUGUUCAGAAUAUGUUAAAGAAAGUAUCUGCCAAAUGA